AAAUCCCAUCUAGCAAGAGAGAGAGAAAGAAACAUCAGAAAGAAAAAAGAAAAAAAAUCUUGGUUGUAGGGGAGAUUUAAUUUAUUUUGUCAAGGAGAAGGAGCUGUGGAUUAAGGGCAGAUUUCGAGGCUCUGGUCCCUCCUCUCUUCAUUCGUCUCUCUAAAGAGAAGGGUCGUAUUCCGUUGGUUUCUUGUCAAAUUAUGAGAGGAAGAGGAUCUACAGCUGAAGUGACGAUGAUGGCAGGGGGAAGAAGUAAUGAAAGAUUAAAUCAUCAAGAAGAAGUGAAAGAGAUGAGAUACAGAGGUGUAAGAAAAAGACCAUGGGGAAGAUUUGCAGCAGAAAUCAGAGAUCCAUGGAAGAAAACUAGAGUCUGGUUAGGUACUUUUGAUUCAGCUGAGGAUGCAGCUAAAGCUUACGAUACUGCUGCUCGUAAUUUAAAGGGUCCUAAAGCUAAAACUAAUUUCCCAUUUUCACCCAUUCAUCCACAUCAAACAAUUUUUCAUCAACAGCAACAAAUCACCAAUUUUUACAACAAUCAAGAAUACCAACCGCAAAAUGAAAACCAAAAAGUUAAUAAUAUUGAGAGACCAACUAGUAGUAGUUUAAGUAGUACUGUUGAAUCAUUUAGUGGUCCAAGAUUUUCUUCUUCAGCCUUGAUUCAUCAUGCACCAUCUCAGCAGCAGCAUAAAAGACGGCGGCCUCAUAGACAACCAGCAGCUGUGCUUGAUCCUGAUCAAGGGUGCCAUAGUGAUUGUGAUUCUUCUUCUUCUGUGAUUGAUGGUGAUAAUCAAAAUAUAGCUUCUACUUCAGUAUCAUCUGCCUUUAGCAUCAGACACGAAAGACCAUUACCGUUUGAUCUUAACUUUCCUCCUCCUUCUUUGGUUGGCAAUAUAUAUAACGAUGAUGAUUUAGCUCUGUGUCUUUGAUUUGAUUAUCUCCAUGAAUUGAUGAGGGAGUUUUAGGAAGGAAAAAAUUUAUCUUCUUUUGUGGUUGUUGGUGAGGUUGUUGUUGUUAAUCAGAUUAUAGAUUAUAGGUGGGGUUUAAUUACAAAUUAGUGUUCAUUAUGAUGAGGUUCUUCAUCCCUUUGGGAUAGGGCUUGAUUAUGAAUCUUCAACUAUUUUCAUUGAUAUCAAAAAUUCUGAUCUCUUUGUAAUUGUUGAAGUCAGAUCUGAUAUGAUAUGAGGUUCUUUUUAACUUGAACCUCAUGGAAUUGAUCUGAUCAAUUGUUGUACUCUUUAUUUUACCUUUUAUUGUACAAAAUUUUAUCUAAUUCAAUGAAAGUAUGAGGAUGGGGAUGAUGAUAUAUAUAUAUAUAUAUAUAUAGAUAGAUAGAUAGAUAGAUAGAUAGAUAUAGAUGUUGAUCUUGAUUAACCUGUAUGAAAAGAAUUUUGUACGUUGCAGUUGCAGAUGUAGUAGAAAAAGAGUUUAAAAUGGUGUAUCAUUUGGUUGGUGUUUGGAGAAAAAGUUUAAAAAUUGAAAGAUACAUUCUACUACUUCUUCGUUGGCAGAUUCAAAAUGGUGUACCAUUUGAUGCUAUUGCCACCUUCGGAAAUCCUGAAUGUAAUUUCAGAAUAUGUUCGUGCUUUUCCUGGAUAUCUAUUUUGUUGUAAUAAAAGAUAGGAUCUUUCAUCCAUUGUAAUAAAAGAUAGGAUCUUUCAUUGAUAUCUUUUCCUGGAUAUCUAUUUUCCUGGAUAUCUAUUGCUAAAAUAAGCAGUUCCGUCCACCAAUUAUUAUGAAUUACUGUUACUCUGAGUUGGUU